ACCCCGCUUCCUCCAGCAGAUUACGCUGAAUUAUCCCGGAGCGGCGGGGUUUCUGGCGCGCUCAGAUUUGAGGAAAACGAAGAAAAUAUGGAAUAAGAUGGUCUUCGAAGCGAUGCAGAUGACUGACAGGACAUGGCGUUACUCUGUCGUCAUGGCGACGGUCUCUUUAGCCUGGCUUCUCCCAGUCAUCGCUACAGCCACGCCCUUCCCCAGCGAUCUGCAGCCAAUCAGUGUGGUGCGUCUGGAAGAUUCCCAGCGGUUUCCUGGUUUUCAGGGUCUGAGGUUUAAUAAUGACACGGAGCGUCUGGGUCUGGACUAUCAGAGGAUGAUCCGCAUCCAGCAUAUGCUGUACAUCGCUGCCAGAGACCAUGUAUUUGUUGUCAAUCUCACCACUGCAGUCGAUCAGAUCAUCCCACAGCAGAUCCUGACGUGGAGAUCUACAGACGUGUCGAAGUGCACCGUGAGAGGCAGAAACAGCGACGAAUGCUAUAACUACAUCAAAGUUCUUGUGCCUCGUAACGACGAGACUCUGUUUGCGUGCGGAACGAACGCUCUGAACCCGGCCUGCAGAAACUACAGAAUGAGUUCUCUGGAGCAGGUCGGUCAGGAGCUGCUGGGUCAGGCCCGAUGUCCGUUCGAGUCUCGCCAGUCCAACGUAGGAGUGUUUGCAGGCGGUCACUUCUACUCGGCCACGGUGACGGACUUCCAGGCGAGUGACGCUGUGAUCUACAGGAGUCUGGGUGGAGAGGGUCGACCCGUCCUUCGGACCGUCAAAUACGACUCCAAAUGGCUCAGAGAGCCUCACUUCCUGCAUGCCGUUGAAUAUGGAAACUACGUGUAUUUCUUCUUCAGUGAGAUCUCGGUGGAGCACACCGGCGCUGGGAAGGUGGUGUAUUCUCGCGUGGCUCGUGUGUGUAAGAACGACAGCGGCGGCUCCACUCGGGUGCUGGACCGUCACUGGACGUCGUUUCUGAAGGCCCGUCUCAACUGCUCCGUUCCUGGAGACACGUUCUUCUACUUCGACGUCCUGCAGUCUCUCACCAGUGUGCUGCAGAUCAACCAGAGGCCUGCCGUGGUCGGGGUCUUCACCACACAGAUCAACAGCAUUCCAGGCUCAGCUGUGUGUGGGUUUUAUUUGGAUGACAUCGAGCGAGUGUUUAAUGGGAAGUUUAAGGAACAGAAGAACAGUGAUUCAAUGUGGACGCCAGUGCCUGAGGAACACGUGCCCGAACCACGUCCAGGGUCAUGUGCAGGUGAAGGUUCAGCUUCCUCCUACUCCUCUUCUGCUCAGUUUCCAGACUCUGUGCUGUCAUUCAUUAAGACACAUCCGCUGAUGGACGAGUCUGUGCCGUCAAUCAACAGCCAACCACUGAUCACCAGCACCGCCAGCAGGUGUAAGCUGACUCAGAUUGUGGUGGAUACAGCGGCUGGGCCUCAUAAGAAUCACAGCGUUGUGUUUCUGGGCUCUGAAGACGGACGCGUCCUGAAGAUCCUGACCAACAGCUCACACAGCUCCAGACUCCUGGAGGACAUCCUCGUCUUUAACCCCGCACAGUGUGCUGGAGAGCGUGCUGUGUUGGGUCUGGAGCUGGAUAAGGAUCAUCACGCUCUGUUUGUGGCGUUUUCCAGCUGCAUUAUCAGAGUUCCUCUGAGCCGCUGCGCUCAACACACCACCUGCAAGAGACGCUGUCUCCAGACGUUUGACCCGUACUGCAUCUGGCUGCGGACGGGACGCUGUGCUGACGUGGCUCCUGGGUUCAAGGCGGGGUUCGAGCAGGAUAUCGAUGGUGACCAAUCACCUUCAUUUGACACAUGCACAGACGUGAUGUCAGCCGCAGGAAGUGAUGUGAGCUCCGCUGUGGAUUCAGCCUCUGGUGUGAAGCAGCUCCCUGACUCAGCGGGGCUUCACUACACUCUUCUGGGCGCGUGUGUGCUGGUGGCAUUCGUGUUGGGUGCCGUCGUGUCGGGCCUGCUGGUGUCCUGUUACUGCGCCCCGAGAUCCCGGCAGUCCCCGGAGCCCGAGGCGUCUCUUCAACACGCCCUCUCGCUCAGCAGCCUCGCCAAGCUCAACCGCCUCAUAGACUCCAAACCAGACAAGAUGUACAGCGCCGGGCCGCCCUGCCGCCAGCCGCCCGCUAAACCGCUUCCUGAGGAGGAGGAGCUCGCCUCGGACCUGCCCACCCCGGACUCCACCCCGGAGCUGCCGAUCAAGAACCUAAAGGCUCUAAACAGCCAAUGGGAGAGAAGCCACGCCCACAGCUCCACCCUGAAGCUGUUUCCCACCAAUCAGACGCUUCCCAGCCAACGAGACGAACCGGAAGUUGCUUUAAUGAGUUCAUCCUCGGGGUCACCGCUCACGCCCACAUCGUAUUACAGCUGCCUAAAGGAGACGGGCGAAAGCUCGGCGUUUCAGCAGACUCCGCUGCAGACGCUUCCCGAGCGCCAGGUCCUCAUCAAAAUAGACAGCGGCGUCGCGACCGCCCGCACGCACAGCUUCAAGCAGAAGCAGCCGCACGCGGGAAACCUCUACGAGCUUCACGGGCCGCUGCUGACGGGCGGCUCGUGUCUGACCCGACAGCACAGCUACAGCGAGCCUCCGCUGCUCCAGCGGGCCGCCAUCAUCAGACGCACGGCGUCGCUCAAACCACAGAUCCCACCCAAACCCGCACACAUACCCCCCAAAACACUGCAGCACGCCAAACACAGCUGCUGACCUCUGACCCCGCCGGCACGCCGCAGGUCAGGGGUCAACCACGCGGCGGGCUUGGGAGUGAAUACUAGCAUACCGAAUACAGCACAGUGUAUGAUGUGUACAGCAAGCACUUUAUGUUGCAUGCUUAAUUCAGGAUUUGGCAUCCUGCCGGCUUUCAAAUAAAAAGGUUAUUUUGCAUUUAUAAUGCGGUUUGGUUUCCUUUGACAGAAAUCAAACACAGCUGGAAACGAGCUGUUUUUUGCAGAGACAUCUAAAAAAAUUCUUAAAGGAAAAAAUUAUUUUUUUAGGCUAUUAAUAAUAAUACUGGAUAUAUUGGAUAAUACUUUUUUUCCCCUUUCUUUUAAUUGCAUAUUUAUUUUUGCAGAUUCAUGGAUUCAAGGAUAUCCUAACUAAAAUAUUGCUUAACGGUUUUCAGGAGUUCAAAUUUGUAACUUUUUUUUUUUUUUUUUUUUCUUUGAGAAGAUGUUAAACGUUCAAGCGUUUAGUGUCUUUCACACAGCUCUGGUUUUAAACCCUUGACACUGUAUAUAGCAAACACGAGCUCAUCAUGUUGAGUUUAAUUAUUCAGCAUCUAAUUAACUUGGUUAUGUUGCUUUAACACAAUUUUGGAUGCAUCAAGAAGUCUUGACAAAUAGGACUUUGAGUUUAUCCUAAUUUGAAAGACUUGAUGAUCAUGAUUUUUAAAUAACUAAUUUAUUCAAAAAGUCAAAUCGAAUUGCAUUGCAUUGUGGGAUACAGCAUAUUGGUAUGUAUGCCAUGACUGAUGCACGGUCUGCAGGAUGAGUAUGCUAGUAUCUCUUCUGAACAUGAGUCAGAAAACCAAUGCAGUCGAGUGUGUUUCUGCACCAGUGACUCAACAGUAAUGUGUGUGUGUGUGUGUGUGUGUGUUUCUAUUGAGAGGAGGAAGUGACACGAGCCGGACUGAACUCUUAUCGCUGGAUCACGCUCACCAGUGAAGUCUCCAUUAUUGACGUUAUUAACACAGAGGUCGAGCUGCAUUAAUGAGAUCUAAUGUGUUUUGCAUUGACUUGUGCCUUACAUGAGGUCAGAGGUCAGAGGUGAGGAUGCCGCCGAUCGGCUGGAGCUGGACCUCGUGGAGAGCAGGGCUUCAUGGACUCUUUCACACAGGUUUCUUUGAGAUGUAAAUGUCGUCAUCACUGUUUCGAGAGCCUCUGAAAACACUGGUGACUGCUGAAGUAUUUACUUUGAGUAUAUAUUCACAAUUUGCAUUUCGCUCGCAAAGAACACGUUUCAUCAGAAAAUGUUGAUUAUUUUGGGGCCUGCAGUAGACAGAGCGACAGGAAGUGAUGUCAUGUUUAUGUUGAUGAGCUAGAACUAAUGAGUAAUAAAUGCUAGGCUCUCACACAGCGGGGAUUGCUGAAGGGUUUAUUUAUUUUGCAAAACAGCCUAAACCAGACUCCAUGUUUGAUUUUAAUAAAGGUUAUUGCCACAAUAAUAAAAAAAUUAA